UAGGCACAACAAGCUCAGCGGUGGCUCCGCUGCAGUCCCUCCCUGGCACAGAGGACCACACCGGAGAAAUGAGCUCGUCCUCCGCCGUCUGCACUGCAUUAACGUGAGUGCGUAACGGCUCUUUUUCACGGAAACACACGCGUAUACAGAGGACCUGCACCGGUCUGCUGUUUCCAACCCCCCCAGCUUGGUGUCGGAUAGUCCCACCAGCAGCUCGGACCAUGGCGGAAAGAAGCGGCCGGCUGAGUUUCCCCGGGAGCGGGGCUCUCAACAGACCGGUUCCCAUGAACCUGUUUGCAACGUGGGAGAUAGACGGAUCGUCCCCGAACUGCAUCCCGAGAUUGUGCAGUCUGACCCUGAAGAAGCUGGUCGUCAUGAGGGAACUUGAUAAAGAGCUGAUUUCUGUGGUCAUAGCAGUAAAAAUCCAGGGCUCCAAACGGAUUUUAAGGUCCCAUGAGAUUGUGCUGCCACCCAGUGGGUCUGUGGAGACUGAUCUGGCUCUCACCUUCUCGCUGCAGUACCCACACUUCUUAAAGCGGGAAGGAAACAAGCUGCAGAUCAUGCUCCAGCGGCGGAAAAGAUACAAGAACCGAACCAUUUUAGGCUACAAGACUCUCGCGAUUGGAUCUAUCGAUAUGUCAGAGGUGAUGCAGCACCCGACAGAGGGAGGCCAGGUUCUGCCUCUCUGCAGCAACCAGAAAGACAUGCUUGGAAAAGUGGCAGAGAUCUGGAUCUUUUCCCUGUCCAGUCAGCCAAUAGACCAUGAGGAGGCAGCCCUGCAGGGGGGACAGAAGAUCAAAUGCUCUGAUAACUACUCAGAAGAAGAGUACGAGAGCUUCUCCUCAGAGCAGGAGGCCAGCGAUGACGCCGUGCAGCCACAGGAUCUCGAGGAUGACGAGUAUGACGUGAGAAAACCAAAGAAGCAAAGGAGGUCGAUUGUAAGGACUCCCUCCAUCACCAGACAGCAGAACUUUAAGCAGCGUGUGGUGGCUCUUCUGAAGAGGUUCAGAGUUUCAGAUGAGGUGUUGGACUCGGAGCAAGAUCCUGCAGAGCCACCUCCCGAUGUGGAGGAGGAGGAUGUGGACCUGGACAGCGUGGAGUUUGAGAACCCCAGCGACAGCGGCCCAGACAUGGAUGAUGACGACAGCGUCCUCAGCACGCCGAAACCUAAACUCAAGCCAUAUUUCGAGGGUCUCUCCCUCUCGAGCUCUCAGACUGAGAUUGGCAGCAUCCACAGCACUCGGAGCCACAGGGAGCCUCCCAGCCCGGUUGACCCAGAUAAAACCAAGUGCACCGGGGAUGACGGCGUGUCUGAUAACAUCCCUUUUGAGCAGCCAGAGGCGGUGACCCCUACCACAGAGCUGGAGAUGGACAACAUGGACACGUUUUUAGAGAGACUCCCACCGAGUGGCAAAAUGACCAAAACAGAGUCUCUUAUCAUUUCAUCCAACAGGCAGGAACCAAAGUUGGCAGGGAGGCGAGGCAGGAGCACAUCGCUGAAGGAGCGCCAACCCAGCAGGCCCCAGAAUGAGAGGGCCAACAGCCUGGACAAUGAGCGGUCUCUGGAUACCAGAUGCCACCUACAGAUUCCCAGAAAGACAGUGUAUGACCAACUUAACCACAUCCUGGUAUCUGAUAACCACCUCCCUGAUAGUAUCAUCCUCAUCAACACGUCUGACUGGCAGGGCCAGUAUCUUUCAGACAUGCUGCAAAACCACCAUCUGCCAGUGGUCUGCACCUGCACCACGGCUGACAUCCAAGCUGCGUUCAACACCAUCGUCUCCCGCAUACAGAGAUUCUGCAACUGUAACUCCCAGACGCCUGUUCCUAUAAAGAUAGCGGUGGCCGGAGCGCAGCACUACCUCAGUGCAGUUCUGAGGCUUUUUGUGGACCACCUGUCCCACAAAACUCCUGACUGGCUCGGCUACAUGAGGUUCCUCAUCAUCCCUCUAGGUGCACAUCCAGUCUCCAAGUAUCUCGGCACUAUUGACUAUCGAUACAACAGUUUGUUCCAAGAUGCUGCCUGGAGGGACCUGUUUCACAAAUCAGAGGCUCCAGUUGUUGUCCAGGAGAACCCAGAUGUAGUUUCCAGGGUAACACAGUAUAUGGUGGGAGCUAACGGAGCUCACCAGCUCCCUAUCGCAGAGGCCAUGCUCACCUACAAGCAGAAGAGGAAAAAGAGCUUUCAUUUUGAUUUUGCAGUAAGCCCAGAUGAGGAUUCAUGUCAGAAAUUCAUUCCUUUUAUCGGGAUGGUGAAAGUUGGCAUUGUGGAGCAAACAGCUGCAACAUCAGGAGACUCUGAUGAUGCAGCGCCUCUGGGCUCCUCGCUGCUCUCCUCCACCCCUCCACAGGUAUCACCCGCUUUCAAAGAGGCAUCGCCCACGCCGCCCUCGUCUCCCUCUGUCAACACCAGCUUUUGUGCUUACAGCUCUGGUGGUCAGGUGGAGCUCAUGGGGCUUCAGGUGGACUACUGGGUGGCUCCGACAGAAAGGAAGAAAGAUGUGGAGAAGCGAGACUCCUCCUCCAAAAACACUCUCAAGUGCAAUUUCCGCUCGCUGCAGGUCAGCCGGCUGCCACUGGGGGGCGCAGAGCCAAGCUCCCAGCCCACCAUGUCUAUGACUGUGGUGACCAAGGAGAAGAAUAAGAAGGUCAUGUUCCUGCCAAAAAAGAGCAAAGACAAGGAGGUGGAGUCAAAGAGUCAAGUGAUUGAGGGCAUCAGCCGCCUCAUCUGCACUGCCAAGCACCAGCAGACCAUGCUGAGAGUGCUGAUCGACGGUGUCGAGUGGAACGAUGUCAAGUUUUUCCAGCUGGCUGCUCAGUGGUCCUCACACGUCAAACAUUUCCCCAUUGGGAUCUUUGGACACACGAAAGGCCCUUAUUAGCAGCACCUAAGAGACUGAAACAUGGAGGACAGCAAACCCACCCUCCCUGCCUCCCUCCCUCGUGCCAAGAGCUCUUAACCCCCUUCCUCCUACCUUCGCCUGCACACUUCCUCCUAUUCUGCUGUCUUAAUUUAAACUCCUGCUUUCCACACUUGCAUUGUCCCCGUUAUUUAAUCUUUUGCGUGGUUUUUUUUUUUGUUUGUUUUGUUUUUUAAUUUUCUAUUUAUGUAAACAUCUCAAGGCAGAGCUGCUAUGAGAAUAUUUCUUUACUUGGCUUUUUAAAACAAAAAUCCUGCUGACGUUUUAUAGACUUUUGAGGAAAAAACAUUAAUUGAAUAACAACUAGAAAUGACUUCUAACCUUUAACAUAAUGAGUGCCCUGGUUUCACUUGGCCAUCAGUUUUUUCGUUGUUGUUUUUUUCCUUUUCAAAUUCGAUGAGGAUGGUUUUAAACACUUGGCCAGCACAAUUAAUCACAGCUAUAUUAUAAAAAAGAGCCAUCUGCCUCAUAAUAAAGGUCAUAUUUUCUAAUUACAGAGAAGAAAUUUUGGAUUUGCAGCCACAGAGACUGUUGGCAGUUCAUUGUCUUAAGCCAGAGGGAGAAAGGAUAAACGGCCUCCGUGAAGAAGUGUAAUGUGCAAUAGACGAAAUAUUGUAUGAAUGCGAUUCUGCUAGAAGAUUACACACUGCUCUUAGUGGUGAUUUUCACUCUUUGCAUCCCUUCUCUUCUUUACUUUACCCUCCUGAUAAACUAGUUCAAGGUUUGAAGAGAAGCUUUUUAUAUCAGAAUUACGAGCGCAGUUAACCACAAACUUACAGGAAAAACUUCGGGAAAUCCUAUCUUGUUGAGAAUUGAAUGAGAAGAUUAAUACCUCUCUUAUUUUUUAUGGUAAAUUUGAAGCUAUAGUUGUUUACAGUAGAGUAAAUAGGUACCCUUGUUCUUUUGAAAGGUAAAAGAAUAACUACUUACCAGCACUUCUGAACCUCACUUAAUUAAAACCUUAUAUCUUGUAUGUUUAACCCCUAUAGAAACUGAGCCAACCUAACCGUUUCUAUGUUUAGUAGAGUAAGAAUGGGGCAUUGUGGUUUUAUGGCUGGCACAUAAUGCACCCUCCCUCCAACACACACAAAAUAAAUAAAUCAGGUUUUAUACAUUCUAUAUAAAGCUAAGCUAAUGGUUAAUGACUGACCCGGCUCUAAACAAACGGAACAAAAUCUUCUUACCAGCAUCUCCAGAUCUCACCGUCUAUCAAACAUCCACAUAGAAAAUGAGACAGGGUAGCUGUUGCUCUGUUUGCAGCGCUGAGCUACGCUAAUUGGCUGCUUACACAUCUGGUAUCAACUACAGUACUGUGCAAAGGUUUUGAGACACCUCUCAUUUCUUUAUACUUUGCAGGAAAAUUAGAAAUAUGUGCAGUGAGUUAUUGAAAAACGAAGCACAAAACAGAAUAUGCAUCAUUCUAAUGAGCUUGAAAGUCAAUAUUUGGUAUGACUAUCUUUGUUCUUCAACACAUCCUGAACUCUGUUAGGCAAGAUUUCUUGUCAUUUAUUUAAGUAGUUUUCAGGAAUAGUUCUCCACGACAUUCAUAGCUCUUCUCUAGAUGUAGACAUUGCUUUCCAGAUGAUAUUGCACAGUGGAUUAAAAUCUGACUGUACUUUUUCUGUGUUCAUAAUUCCCUCCAUUUUUCCAUCAACAACUGGCU